AUGGGGAAGCGAAUUCGAAGGACAAAAUCCAUCAGCUGCUGCGUAUCUCCUCGAUCGUCUUAUCUCAAUCCUCACUCAAGCUUCUCCUGGUAUGAAGACGAUGCUUGGACAGAAAUUGCCAAAUUCUUAGAUGGAAAAUCUCUGUUGAUGCUUGCAUUGACUUGCCGGUGGUUCUAUCGCAUCCUGAUGCAUGAGAGCAUAUGGAAGUAUGCUUGCUUGCGUGAUCUCCAGGUUCCCGAUCCUCGACAAGUGGGAUUCAAAUGGACAAAACUCUAUGCCACGGCUUUUGAUGGAAGUCAUUCUUACAUGUUCCGCCAGCAGGAGAAGCAUAUAGAUUGGAUGCGUGUUGGAUCAUUUCUUUUUGACUCACCCACUGCACUCCUGACGGAGAAUAUAAGUGCUCUGCCUAAAAGUACAAAAGGAGAGACAUUAGAGAAAAUGUUGCAGCUGUAUGGCUGUGUUGUAUUGAAUGAUAUCAAAACUGGGAUCUGGUUGGCCGAUUUACAGCUUGUUCGGUGUCCUGUAUGCGAUCUGAAUACUUGUGAUGGAACGAUGCAAAUAUUGGAUGCCAGGCAUAUUGAGCUGUUCCUCUGCGACGGAUACCUGGAGGGGAAUUGGGAUUAUGAGUUACUGGGAUCUCAUGAGAACAAGAAGCAUGCUGCUGCAGCCACUGGUGGCAUUUUUGACAUCAAGCACCUGAAUGAUCAGUCUACUGCAGAAGUCUUUAAUCUCAAGUCUUGGGUGGCAAAAGCAAAUGACUGGCAACCAAAAGCCAUUAUAACUUAUCAUGCAGUAGCUGUGAACACCAAUCUACAAACGAAUGAAGGUCUACAUGUCAAAUAUCAUGCAAUGAGAGCUGGAAAAGGUGGUAAAAUCAUCGCGAUCAGAAUAUCAAAGCAGCUUCUGUGAUCUUUUCCAGAUAUGACAAGCUUAGCUAAUCCGACGGCCUCUCUUCGACCCAAUGAAGUUUCAGAUAUUUCUUUCUCCCUGAUUUUUGUUCUAGUGCUA